UGUCUCUUCAAAUGCCGCCUCUUCUCUUCGCCCGACUCUCCUCCCUUCUUUCUCCACCAUUUCUCUGAUCAAAAGGCACUUAGAGAAGCACAGUUCAUUAACAUCAGGUUUGAAUCUUGUGGUUCUCGUUAGCCACGAGCAUGGCCAGAUUAUUAUUCAACACAACUUUCAGGGGUCUUUUGAAUCCUACCCAGUCUUUGAUGUCUAAGCAGGUAGCAUCAUCAGGCUCUGUUCUUCAGCAAGGCCUGAGGUACUCAACAGCUGGUGAUUCUGAUACACAUGACGACUUCAAACCAACAAGCAAGAUUGAGAGGUCUGGCGUCUCUCUGCAGGAUGUUGUUAAACAGGAUGUUGUAAAAAAUCCUGUAGUCAUCUAUAUGAAAGGUGUUCCUGAUGCUCCUCGAUGUGGAUUUAGUGCACUGGCAGUUAAGAUCCUGCAACAGUAUAAUGUUCCUAUCACUCCUAGGAAUAUUUUGGAGAACCCUCGACUCAAAGAGGGUGUUAAAGCUUUCAGCAACUGGCCUACAUUUCCACAGGUAUUCAUAAAGGGAGAAUUCGUCGGAGGAUCUGAUAUUGUUCUUAACAUGCAUCAGCAAGGUCAACUGAGGGAACUCCUAGCAGACAUCAAUGCUGACAGUAGCAAACAAGCAUAACUAAAAGAACCCUUGAGUUCAACAUUUUGAAUAUCGGCUUUCCUCGUUUAAUUGUUUUAAUAAUUCAACCCAUCAUUGUGUUUUCUGUGGUUGAGAGGAGCUCCAAUUGAUACCGGAAGGGUUCUUAUGAUUUUGUACUAUAAGUUCGAAUUUUAACUUUACUGUAUUUGGGUGGAGUUUGAGCAUCAAAUCUUCUCAAAGGUUGCUUUCUUCAA